AUUCACAGUGAGUGUCACCAUGAACAAGAGGAAUGGUGGCAUUGACAUUCAUCAGUUUUUUGUGCAGAAAAGUUGAGAGCAGUGAGAAGAUUACUAUCAGUUAAAUGCAGAUGAUAAGUAUGCAGUAGUACAAGAGUUAUGAGAGAGAAGGCGUGAGGAUGCCAACAGGGCAGGGAGAGCAGGUGACAUGGAGUGGUUUUGGUUACAAUGUCCUGCUGAAAGACUCAUGACCUUGGAUGGAGACCCAGUAUUCUGACAGUGGGUUUGACAUUGUGCUUCAGAAUGUCUUGGAAUUCAACUGAUUUCAUGACGCCAGGCACUCAGUGGCAGUAAAGCAACUCCAAAACAUCCCUGUACCUCCACCAUGUUUGACUGUGGGGGAGGUUUUCUUUCUUUCAAUGAUUUUUUCUGUAAAUAUAGAGAUGGUGUACUUUACCGAACAGCUCUAAUUUGGUCCCAUCUGUCCACAGGACAUUCUCCCAGAUGGAUUGUGGCAUGUUCAGGUCUGCUUUGGCAAAUUGCAGCCUGGCUGGCUUGUGUCUGUCUCUCAGCAGUGGGGUCCCCCUGGGUCUCUUACCUACAACCCUCUUUCAUUGAGCUGGCAACAGAUGGAGCGAGUUGAAACUGCUUUGAAAUCAUUUGCUUGAAAUACAUGUGGAUACCAAAAGAUUUUAACAGUUUUCUGAAUAAAAUGAUUCAUUAUUUGAAUUAACUUCAAGCAAGGGUGCCAAUAUUCUGGGCCAGAAAUGUUUAUUGGCCACAUACCAAACCCCCUCAUGCCUUAUUGCUUAAAUAGAAUUAAUAUGCUCAUUUCAAACAGGAACAUUUAAAGAUGAUUUCUUCAUAAUGAAAGUCUAGGUUUGACAGUAUUUCAAGUGAAACCACUAGACCACAACACCUGAAUGCGUAACUAUACAUUGCACCCGUUAUCAAACAAACAUUUAUAUUGACAACAGAGCAAUGCUUUGGCAUGGUCUACUACUGCAACCAGUGUUUAAACUAACUGGCCAAUCUUAAGUUAAACAACUGGCAGGGACCCACACUAAAACGCAUGAAAUGGAAGUUAAGGCAGUACUAUUCCUUGGCCACGAGAUGGGCUACUUGUAUCUCAUGUACGCCAGGACUCGUCUUUAUAGGUCUACUGUAGACUAUUAUGCCGUUUUGAUUGAUCUUAAUAAUCUAUGUUAUAAUGCUAUAUCCAUGUAUGCAUCAAUGCAUAUUCAUAAAAUUAAACAGUUUAUUUGCGCGUGCUUUUUAAAAAUGUCUUCACACAGGCCAGUCAAUUGCACUUCGUGAUGACAUAAAUCAGUCCCUGUUUCUUUAAGGCGGUCUCCAAAGUGUAGUGUAUGACGUUAACUUUGGCAUAUCCUUACCGCGAGGCGAUCCAGUGGCGGAGAAGGGAAUCUGAACCGCGGGAGAGAGAGGUGAUUUAAAACGGCACUUGAGCGCUGUAAUUUCAGGUGGAAUAUAAAAACAGACUAUCUUUAAAGAUGAACACAGAGGAACAACAAGAUCUCAAGUCAUCGCAGGACGGAGAAAUGGAAGUGAGCAGCCCGGUGGCAGGUGAGAGGCCAGCAGUGGAGGAGGAGGAAGGAGAGGAGACAGGAGAGGAAGAGGUGGCCCCAGAGAAGACCUCAGAGAGUAGAAUGGAGUGCACAGAACCCACAGGAAACAAGGAAAUGACAGACGGUUUCCCUGUUAAAACCGAGAGAGAGGAGUAUGACAACUGCGAGGAUCAGUACCUCCAGAGUGAAGAAGAAGGUGAACCAGACAACGAGCUGGAGGACGAAGAGGAGCAGGACAGGGAUGAGGAAGAUGGAGACGAAGACAGGGAAGGGGAGGAAGAGGGAGAAACCCUCAACGAACCACAGGACCUGUCUCUGGCGGAUUAUGCCAAGUACGACACCGCAGGCCUGCCGGAGGCCCACGCCGCCGACUCCCCGUCGGCGUACUCGACCGCAUCCCGUGGCCACGCAGCUGGAAAGCUCAACUGCGACGUCUGCGGCCUGUCCUGCGUCAGCAUCAAUGUGCUGCUGGUGCACAAGCGCAGCCACACCGGUGAACGUCCGUUCCACUGUAGCCAGUGCGGGGCCUCCUUCACACAGAAAGGAAACCUGCUUCGCCACAUCAAACUGCAUUCUGGGGAGAAGCCCUUCAAGUGCCCCAUGUGCAGCUAUGCUUGCCGCAGACGGGACGCCCUCAGUGGACACCUGCGCACCCACUCAAUAGAGAAGCCCUACAAGUGCAGCCACUGCGGUCGCAGCUACAAGCAGCGCAGCUCCCUCGAAGAGCACCGGGAGAGAUGCCAUGUUUACAUCCAGAACAAAGGCAACCCCGAGAGAGCCGGUGAGGACACCCACGUGUCCAGGACGACACACGUGGGCACGGAGCGCGCUCUGCUACUGGAUAGGCUGGCCAGCAACGUGGCCAAACGCAAGAGCUCCAUGCCACAGAAGUUCACUGGGGACAACGGCGUCUGUCUGGACCUGAGCUUCAACAGGGAACUGAUCCACCGCUCUGACGUCAUGGACACCAGUCUCGCCUCCCCAGGCCCGGAGAGCCACCACAACCACCAGGCCUUCUACACAGGCCGGGACAGCGACUCCGCCUCCCCCCACCGGGCCUACCCUGUCUCCCUGACCCGAACCGACGUGAGCUCUCGGACCCUCACCAACGGCCACAAGCUUGAGCAGCCGCAAAGCACCGUCGUCGCCUACCUGCCCCGGCCCGGCCAGGCUCACCACAGCCUGGACUCAAUCCACUCCGACCGGGUCCAGCACUCCCAGCCUCUCCUAUACAACCUGGGGCAGCUACUGGGGCCUGGCCCGCACAACGGCCUCUCACAUCCCCACGCUCCAGCCCAUCCACACCCCAUGCCUCCCCUGGAGGCCCUCCGGGUGGUCAGGGGCGAGGGGGAGGGGGGUUCAGGGGCCGUGUAUCCCUGUGAUCACUGCAGGGUGUUGUUCCUGGACUACGUCAUGUUCACCAUCCACAUGGGCUGCCACGGCUUCCGCGACCCGCUGGAGUGCAACGUGUGUGGCCACCGCAGCCAGGACCGCUACGAGUUCUCCUCGCACAUUGCGCGUGGGGAGCACCGUCUGGAGUUGAAAUAGAGCCCGUGCGUGCAAACGGGAACACGCACGCAUUUCAAAAUGCUUUAUUUGAUUCAACAAACCAAAUUUAAAUCUAAAUAAGAUUUGAACAGUACAAAUCACUUUAAGUGAAUUGACACCCAAUCAUAUAAGUACCAUCUUCCUCUCCACGCAGCAGGGCUGCCUACGACCACUGACAUGGAGCGGAGGAUAGCAAUCCUUGUUGCUCUCAUCUUACGUAGGCUAACGUUCCCAUGUGGCCGGGCUGUGUAUGCCUCCUAGACUCUGGACCAAUACCUGAGGCAGCUCAGGUGUGACACGAGGGACUGGUAUUUCAGGGGCUGGCCUCCCACCCGCCCACACACACAGACACAUUCAAACUUUGAUAGUAUUGUAAUAAGAAUUAAUAUGGUAAAAAUAGCAGUAAUAAUAAUAAUAAAUAUGGUAAUAAUGCAAAUGCAUGGACACGUUUAAGUAUGUCUGAGGUUUUCUAUUUGUUCUUUUUAUUAUCAACACCAGUAUUAUCUCUUACACACACACACACACACACACACACACACACACACACACACACACACACACACACACAAAAAUGUAGCAUUUCCACUCCUUGAUACCUUACGCCUCGGCUCAAGCAGAAAAAAUUAUUUAUGAUAUAUAAAUUACAAAUUUUUAAAAGUGGAUGCUUGUCUUGUUAUAUUCUCCAUCUGAAUUAGGUUGUUUUUAUGGGGUACAUUUGAUUAUUAUUCACUAAACCUACAAUAACUUUUCAACCCAAAACAUUUCAGGAAUAUUCUUUUGGUGACUGGCUUCAACAAAGUUGUGGAAAUAGGCAUUCGAUAUUUGGCUUAACCUUGGCCAUGUCUGCUGCUGUAUAAUAUAUUGUACCCAACUGUCCUUGUACUAAGUAUGUUUUACAUUGACUGACUGUCUGCUGUACAUUUGUUUUCCUAUGACGAGGAAUGAAAAUAAAUACAUACUAAAGAUA